GUGGACUUAUCUAUCUUGUCCAUCACAAAGCUUGUCGCUCAGUCACGCACGAUGGCUACACUCCCAAGCAGACUGGUCAGUAAGCUGAGUGCUCCUCAUUCGCGCCUCUGUGGUACCUGUUAUAGGCCACUGGUCUCAAGGCAGCCAUCAGAGACUUUCACGCUCCUCGACAGACGUCCAUUAAGUACAUCUGUCACUCAACACAAGCCACUCGAUCAGCUUGAACUUUCAGAACCAAGGUCAAGACUUAGAUGGACCGGUCCCUCCCGCUUAUCGAGACAAGCAUCUUCUUCAUCAUCGUCCUCGCAAUGGCAGCCUAAACCUUCGAAGCCCAAGCCGGCGUCUCAUAAGCCACCGAAACGGCGAUUGCAAGCUGCAUCUGCGCCGUUGCGAAACGCUCCAUCCGUUACUCGUGGCCCAUUGCUUCAGUGCAUAGCCCAUACGACGGCAGAAAAAUACGACUUGGUCAACUUAGGGAUCGUGUUGAGGGAUCUAGGUGUAGAAUGGCAAGAAGUCCCAGAGGGCGACCGGGAGCGAGCUUUCGUCAUUGGACCAUGGAAAGGUCGUGGAGGCGCAAAGCGAUUAGUUCAGGGUAAAGAUGUCGCCAAAAUCUCAUCGUCAUCUCUGUUGGACUCGACUUCCGACGGUGCCGGAGAUGAGGAAGAUGCUGAACUGGUCAACGACUUUGAAUUCGGUCAACGGGGCGAGGUUUGGGUCUUCAACUCGGGCAACUUUGUGACCUGGGGCCUGACAGAGGAGGAGGGCAAAGCUUUUCUGACGGACGUGAUCAGACGUCGAAGUGCAAACAUUGAGGUACAGAGACUGCCGGAGAGGGAGUACGAGGUUGAGGAGAUGGACUUUAUCGUUGAUCCCGAUGCUCAGACAGAUAUUCGAGGCAAUCUGAUUCUACUAGGAGCUCCGCCGACCUUGUCUUCGUUCCCCGACUCUCCUAAACUCGCAGCCCUGCUCGCUCGGUACACUCUUUCCCUCUCGCUCUCCAGAUCAUCGUCACUAUCCGUCCUCGAAGGGAGACUCGAGGACCACAUCGCCUCUGUUUCGUAUCUUCCUCGAGCACUGGAAAGGUCAGGUGCUCAGCCUAUGCAGAGGAGGGAAGUCAUUCGGAAGCUUGGCGAAUUGAUGACGUUGCGCAUGGCGGUGAACACGUGGGGAGGUGGUUUAGAGGACACUCCGGACAUAUAUUGGGCCGAGCCUCAGCUAGAAGAAUAUUUCGACUGGAUUGCCACCGAGUUCGAGAUCAAGGAGCGAAUAGAAACUUUCAACAAGAAGUGCGAUUAUGCUCAAGAGAUUCAAAGCACUCUGAGGGCGUUACUUACGGAGGCAUCGGGUCAUCGUAUGGAAGUCAUCAUUAUCGUCCUCAUCGCUGUCGAGGUAGUCCUGGCUCUUUUGAGAGAAGGUGAAGAGAUAGGACAUAAGCUUUUGACACCUCUCCGCGCGAUCCUUGGCAUCCCAGACAAGGCUGCCCUUGCCACCAUUUCUGAAUCUAUUCCUCGUUCUGCAGACAUGCCAACGCUUGUCCCCGGUGUGAGACGUGAUGAAGAAUCCCUCGAUGCACGUCCGGCGUGAUCGAUAUUGUAUGCAAACCAUUCCUCCCGUGC